AUGCAUGUUCAAUGUAGUGGAUACGAUGACAAUGAAUUGUCACAAAAAUGUGAUAAACUUGGAAACUGCAAUCUAAUAAUGGAUGGAAAAUGUUUCUGUAGUGCAACACAUAUGAUUGGUUAUUGUCAAAAAGUUAAUCUCCAUUCAUUUAAUCAAAUAGUAAAACAACCAGUUUUAAAUAUAAUCGAUUUAUAA